CAGCCCUCUUUUCGACUGAAAAUUUUAGCAACACAAGCAAAAUGUCUUUUACCAGGUCAUCGUUGGUGAGCCGUAACUGGUACGACACCUUUGACUUUCCCUCUCGAAUUCGAGACCAGCAUUUCGGCCUGGGUCUCACAGAUCUGGACCUGGAUGCCCCAUCUUCAUUUUACAGGGGAUACUAUCUGAGACCUCACAGACAGCUCAGCACAGGAGGUACUUCAGAAAUUAAAGCUGAAUCCGACAAGUUCCAGGUUCGCCUAGACGUCGGCCACUUCGCACCCGAAGACAUCACAGUCAAAACCGUCGACGAUCAAGUUGUGGUCACAGCUAAACAUGAAGAAAAAGUGGAUGAACAUGGGUUAAUCUCUAGGGAAUUUACUCGACGAUAUAUUAUGCCUGAGGGUGUGGACAUCGACAAGGUGUCUUCUAGUCUCAGUCCAGACGGUAUCUUGACUGUCGAAGCUCCUCGCAAAAAGCCCCAGCCUGCUCUAGGACCCAAUGAGAGGGCUGUACCAAUACAGGUUCAAAACGUUCCAACCACGCCUACGAAAGUCACCACAAAUAUACCUGUGCAGAAAGAAACACCCACAAAACCAGAAGAUAAGAAAAAUUGAAACAUGAACUCUUAAAUAUUGAAUGGAAAAUUGUGAUUAAUAAAUAUUUUGUUAUUGCUA